AUGGGUGAUUGGAGUUUCUUGGGGAACAUUUUAGAAGAGGUGAAUGAACACUCUACUGUCAUUGGGAGAGUGUGGCUUACAGUACUCUUCAUUUUCCGAAUCCUGAUCCUAGGCACUGCUGCAGAGUUUGUGUGGGGAGAUGAACAGUCUGACUUUGUGUGCAACACCCAGCAGCCUGGUUGUGAGAAUGUCUGCUAUGAUGAGGCUUUCCCCAUCUCUCACAUUCGACUGUGGGUCCUCCAGAUCAUUUUUGUCUCCACUCCCUCAAUGGUUUAUUUGGGUCAUGCUGCACACUAUGUAAGGAUGGAAGAAAAAAGGAAAGAACGGGAAGAAGCAGAGAGGGUUCGGCAAGCUGAGACAGAUGAAGAAAACUCUCCCCUUGACCCAGACCAGAAAACCCCUGUAGCCACCAAAAAAACAAGCAUGAAAGGAACCAAGAAGUUCCGGCUUGAGGGAACACUGCUGAGAACCUAUAUCUGCCACAUCUUUUUCAAAACCCUCUUUGAAGUGGGGUUCAUAGUAGGCCAAUACUUCCUGUAUGGCUUCCGCAUUUUCCCUCUUUACCGCUGUGGCAGAUGGCCUUGUCCCAACCUUGUUGACUGUUUUGUGUCCAGACCAACUGAGAAGACUGUGUUUAUUAUGUUCAUGCUGGCUGUGGCGUCAUUGUCCCUCUUCCUCAAUUUUGUGGAGAUCAGCCACUUGGGUUUUAAGAAGAUCCUGAUGGCUUUCAGGAGGUCAGCAGAGGAACAGCCUGUGGAGACCCCAGAGAAGCCCCUUCACUCUAUUGCUGUUUCAUCCAUUCAAAAGGUCAAAGGCUACAAGUUGCUGGAGGAGGAGGAGAAGCCUGUAUUCCACUACUUCCCUUUGACAGAAGUGGGAGUAGAAACCACACCUGUUCCCCCCUCAUUCAAUGACUUUGAGGAGAAGAUUGGAAUGGAACACCUAAAAGAUCUUUCCAGUGCCUUUGAUGAGCAGUUGCCAUCUUAUGGCCACACAGAUGAACUAGAUGAGGAGAAAGUGGAAGUGGCAGAGGAGCCAGAACAAGAAGUGGCUGAGGAGCAAAGCGUGGUGGAACAGGUUACAGAGAAAGCAGAGGAAAAAGAAGAAGAGAAGCAUAUGGAAGAGGAACAAGGAUUAGAGCCACCAGGAGAGGACCUGCCCCUCCCGUCUGCUGAUUUUACAGCAGACACAAGGCCCCCUAGCAGGUUAAGCAAAGCCAGCAGUCGGGCCAGGUCAGAUGAUCUGACUGUAUGAGGGUAUUUGCUUGGGUGGCCCGGAACAGUCACACACCUAUAUAUCUCAGAUGUCUUAAACAAAGUGCU